AUGCCUGUUAAACAAGUGUCUGAUGGUGGGCUAAAAAAAGAAUUGCAACAAGCAGGAGAUAAAUUAGUACUUGUUGAUUUCUUUGCAACAUGGUGUGGUCCAUGCAAGAUGAUUGCGCCCGUUAUUGAAAAAUUGAGUAGUUCUCAUCCGAAUGCCAUUUUUCUUAAAGUUGAUGUCGAUCAAUGUCAAACAGAAAGUCAAGAAUUUGAAAUUUCUGCAAUGCCAACAUUUGUUUUUAUUCGUGAAUCAAAAGAACUCGAUCGUAUUCGUGGUGCUGAUGCAAAAACAAUCGAAGCAACACUUGCUAAACAUUACAAAGACAAAUUACCAUUUGCAGGCGAAGGUCACUCGAUGUUAGACACUAGUUCAACACAAACAAGUGCUACAUCAUCAACGGCUGAAUCCGAUCAUCAACGUCUUGAAACGGCAGCUAAAGAACGUUUUGGUAACAUUGCGGGACAAACAAUGACAACGAUUCGUUUACGUUUACCUGACAUCGCAACUCCGAUUAAUAUUCGAUUAAGCAUUGACCACACAUUAAAUGAUAUUCGUCAUUUACUUUGUAGCACAAUAGAACUAUUUGAAAUAACACCAUUUGAAUUUCUCGUAUCGCCUGCUACGAAAAUCACUUUAGACGAAGAGAAUAAAACAAUCAAUGAAGCACAAUUAACAAAUGCUGUAAUAAUAGUUAAAAAACUUCCGAUGUAA